CAAUUCAUUACCCGUUUUGGCCUAUAUAUAUUCUCAUGACCCCCAUCUUUCCGGUGCCACACUUCAAACCAAGCUUUUCUUCAUACCAACUUGCCAUAAUCACUCCCCAGUUCUUCCAUUUAAACCGCUAAACACCUCUUUCUCUUCUUUUAAAACCUUCCACCUUGGUUAAAUAUUCUAUCAUUUUAUUCUGUCCUACUCCUUUCCUGCCAUAAAUAUAACCGAUGAAAUGAAUGAAUUCCCAUGAUUCCAGAAUCAUCACCAAGUAUUAGUAAAGUACACUAAAUUACCCCAUCCUAGAACUUUCUUUUCAUUGUUUAUAGCCCAAUUGGUGCAUAUAUAUAGUUAUAGUUUUAUACAUAACCCAGGAGAUAGCUAGCAAGCUUUCUUCACUUCUGAAAGCAAGGUUAAUUUAAAUUUCCUUUGUGGUUCAUUUUCCAUGGCUCCCCCUGACGAUACGGUGAAUCCCACCUUGGAACUCAAGUCUCUCGAAAAGAUGUUUGAUUUAAGCGACGGAAAAUUCACCGUGAGAGGCGUGCCGUUACUCUCUCAGGUUCCCAAUAAUGUGACUUUCAGUUCGUUCUCCUCACUCUGUGAACCCCGUGACGCCCCACCUUCCAUCCUUCAACGUGUCAUUGCCGCCUCACACAAAGGUGGCUUCUUCGGAUUCUCCCAGGUUUCCCCUUCUGACAGGUUGACAACCUCCCUCGGAAGCUUCAGCGGCAGAAGCUUCCUCAGCAUCUUCCGCUUCAAAACCUGGUGGUCUACCCAGUGGGUCGGAAACUCCGGUUCAGACCUACAAAAAGAAACCCAGUGGGUCCUCAUAGAAAUCCCCGAAACAAAAUCUUACGUUGUAAUUAUUCCCAUCAUUGAAAGCAGUUUCAGGUCCGCUCUUCACCCUGGCUCUGAUGGCCACGUCAUGAUUUGCGCCGAGACUGGUUCUACUCAAGUGAAAGCAUCGACUUUGGGUGCAAUCGCCUACGUCCACGUGGCGGAAAACCCUUACAACUUGAUGAGAGAAGCCUAUAGCGCUCUCAGGGUUCACCUCGGUUCGUUCAGGUUGUUGGAGGAGAAAACCGUUCCCAGAAUCGUUGACAAGUUCGGUUGGUGCACGUGGGACGCGUUUUACUUGACUGUCAACCCUGUUGGGGUUUGGCAUGGUCUUAAGGAUUUUGCUCAAGGUGGUGUGUCCCCCAGGUUUCUUAUCAUUGAUGAUGGAUGGCAGAGUUUGAAUUUUGACGGUGAUGAUCCCAACCAGGAUGCUAAGAAUCUUGUUCUGUGUGGGGAACAAAUGAAUGCAAGGCUUCACAGGUUUGAUGAAGGUGACAAGUUUAAGAAAUAUGAAUCAGGACUCCUCUUGGGACCUAAUGCUCCUUCUUUCAACCCAAAGACGGUAAAGGAGUUGAUUGCGAAGGGGAUUGAAGUUGAGCGUUUGGGGAAGCAGCGUGAUAAGACCAUCUCAUGUGGCUCUGAUUUGAGUGAGAUUGAGUCGAGGAUCAUGAAGGUUAAGAAGGAAAUUGAGGAUCUCUUUGGUGGGGAAGGGAAAGAAUGUGGAGGGUGUUGUUCCAAAGCAAAGGAGAGUGGUGGGAUUAAGGCUUUCACAAGGGACUUGAGGAGUGUGUUCAAAGGUUUGGAUGAUGUUUAUGUGUGGCAUGCGCUUUGUGGCGCGUGGGGUGGUGUGAGGCCAGGAGCUACACACCUGGAUUCCAAGAUAAUCCCUUGCAAACUCUCCCCUGGCCUUGAUGGGACAAUGGAAGAUCUUGCUGUGGUUAAAAUCGUGGAAGGUUCCAUUGGCCUUGUUCAUCCUCAUCAAGCUAAUGACUUUUAUCAUUCCAUGCACUCUUAUCUUGCCCAAUCUGGUAUUUCAGGAGUCAAAGUUGACGUCAUUCAUUGUCUUGAAUAUGCGUGCGAGGAAUAUGGAGGCAGAGUCGAGCUUGCCAAGGCUUAUUACGAUGGGUUGUCAAACUCCAUUGUCAAGAAUUUCAAUGGAAAUGGAAUCAUCGCUAGCAUGCAGCAGUGUAACGACUUUUUCUUCCUUGGAACCAAGCAAAUUGCCAUGGGAAGAGCUGGGGAUGACUUUUGGUUCCAAGAUCCCAAUGGGGACCCAAUGGGAGUGUUCUGGUUACAGGGGGUGCACAUGAUACAUUGUUCCUACAACAGCUUGUGGAUGGGGCAGAUGAUUCAGCCUGAUUGGGACAUGUUCCAAUCGGAUCAUGUGUGUGCCAAAUUUCAUGCGGGUUCGAGGGCUAUUUGCGGUGGUCCUGUCUAUUUGAGUGACAGUGUGGGCUCUCAUGACUUUGAUCUCAUUAAGAAGCUUGCGUUCCCUGAUGGUACUGUCCCCAAAUGCAUAUACUUUGCCCUUCCAACAAGAGACUGUCUUUUCAACAACCCUCUCUUUGACCACAAAACUGUUCUCAAAAUUUGGAACUUUAAUAAGUAUGGAGGAGUUAUUGGUGCUUUCAACUGUCAAGGGGCUGGUUGGGACCCUAAGGUGCAGAAGAUCAGGGGUUUCCCUGAGUGCUACAAGCCAAUAUCUUGUACUGUUCAUGUAACUGAGGUUGAAUGGGACCAAAACAAGGAAGCAUCCCAUAUGGGUAAGGCAGAUGAGUAUGUUGUGUACCUCAAUCAGGCUGAGGAACUGCAUUUGAUGACUCACAAGUGUGAACCACUCCAAUUUACUAUCCAACCAACCACUUUUGAGCUCUACAACUUUGUCCCACUCACAAAGCUAGGUGGUGGCAUCAUCAAAUUUGCACCAAUUGGGCUAACAAAUAUGUUCAACAGUGGAGGGACAAUUCAAGAAUUGGAGUAUGUUGAGAAGGGUGCUAAGCUUAAGGUCAAGGGUGGUGGGAGAUUCCUUGCUUACUCAAGUGAAUCUCCAAAGAAGUUGCAACUCAAUGGUUCUGAUGCUGCCUUUGAGUGGCUGCCUGAUGGCAAAUUAACUCUCAACCUUGCUUGGAUUGAAGAUGCGUGUGGGGUUUCUGAUUUGGCAAUUUUCUUUUAGCUUUUGUUUUGUGGUUGUCACUUGUCACUUACCUCGUUAUGUUUACCAAGAGUGAAAAACUGAAAAUGUAGUUUUAAUGUAAUAACGGUUCGAAUGUCUAUCAUGUUAUAAACUAUACAGUAGUGUAUGUUCCUUUUUUUUAUCUGUA